AUGAUUCCGCGAAUCUCCAAGCGGUACGCCAGCACUGCCAAACCCAACCCCAAAUCUCGCAAGGGGACAAAGGGUCUAAAUGGCGCAACACCGCAGCGUCAACCCGUAUCGCCAGAAGAGCAGGCACGCGCCGUACAGCGUCGCAUCGAGAAGGCUGAGCGAGACGAGCGUAUGGACAUAACCAUGGCACUGACCCCGGUCAAAACGUACAUGGGAGGUUUUACCCGCCCCCGUGACCUUCGCGCUCUAUACUGGUCAAAGAAUGGUCCCUACGAUGAACAGAAGAGGUCCUACGAAACGCCCUCUGCUGCAGCCUACGUCCCCCACACUGUCUACCUUCUCGAAGCUCGCUACCUAACCAAACAUGGCGUAGGACGUGCUGACUCCAUCGAGCAUGUCGUCGGCGUCUGCCGCGAAUGUGAUUUCCCAGAUAUUCUUGCCAGAUACAACUCUGCUGGUUCUCCGGGAAUUGAAACCAUGGACAAUGCCCGCUGGCCCUGGGUAGCGCGAGCACGUGCAAAGCGUGUCAAGUGGUGGAACCCUGGUGAAGAUCCCAAGGAGUUAGCGAGGGGGUUUACUGAAGACAGUCAACACGAGGCCGAGGAUGGGGCAGCAUUCAGCAGCGAGAACGAGGAGUUUGGUGUGGCCGCCAAGGGAGCAUUGAUUCUUCCCAAGGUGACUACGACUGGGCAACAAGUACGAGCGUUUCAUUCAUCAGCCCGUCACCCGUAUCCCUCCGAGUCUUACAAUGAGGAGCACAUCGUCCCCAACUUUUACGUCAAGCACAAGAAAGAUCGCAAGCGCCAGGCAGAGAAGUUGAUGAAAUCGCCUGUGACGCCGUCUACCACCUCGCCAUCUGCAACUGAUGCUGCUGGUCCUGAAGUUGAGGCUGCUGAAGAAGCUGCCCACGAUCCGACUCGACAAAUCAAAGCCGUGAAAAGACGCAAGCAUGAAGAGUCCGCACUCAUGGAACACCUCUCUGACUCUAUUCUUGGCGACGACCUUGUUGCCAGCACGCGCCGCCUUGUAACCAAGAUCCCUGUUGAGUCCUACGACAAGGACGGCAAUCUUGUGCACCCGAGCGGGUUUGUUGUUCCUGGCAAGGGCCACUCCAGCACUAGUGAUGCUGCACGUGCCAAGGAGCGGUCAAGAGAUGAGGACGAAGAACGCGCUGCACAGACAGCCUCAGUUGCUGAACGUGUCCUUGAAUCUGACUUCGAUCAUGUGCAUUCUGCCAUGGCGAGUACGCGCCCGCGCUCUCACAAGGUGCCAUUCGAAAUCAGGGAGCCUGACGGGACGGUGAAACAUCCAAGUGGCUUCGUUCCUCCAACUCCCGCCAACGAAUUCAAGUAUUCCGACAGUGCCAGUCUUGAGCGGGGUCUUGCAGGUGCUAUUAGCAGACAACGCGCUCGUGAUGCCGGUAACACGAGCUCCACGAUCGUGAAGGGCCGUCGUUUACACACCACUGCCGUUGUGCGUGCAAGCGAAGUAGCGCUUCCAACCUGUCUCUCGCAGCCUGUACCCGCUACUGAGGUUGACUCUCAGGUGUCACCGGAGCCCUCCGAAAGUGAGCCAGACCUUGUGCGUACUACCCGUGCCAAAUAUCUCCCAACUCUUGCACAAAAGCCCUUUUUUCGACCCCUCUUGACAUUGACAGUCUCUACGAGACCCCUUGCCAACAGUCUUGUGCGCCUUUCGCGUGCACUUCCCCGCGGCCUUCCUUUCUAUGCCUCCAUCGAGCCUGAGGACCGCAAGUUUUCGGACUCCUUUUCCUCUCGCAUGCGCAACCUCCGUCUGAACCGUAUGCAGGACCUCGCCGUAGCGAUGGCACAGGAGCUGUCUGGUGCCCGUGGCGGCUUCGUGGGCAUCCGAUUCUCUCCUCAGGAGAGAGGACGAGGUGUGGAUGGGGAGGGGCUCGAGAAGGCUUUGGACUGGGAUAAGCGCGUUAUCGGCGUUGGAAUCGGCAAUUGGUUCCCCCGUGCACAGGAACUGAAGGAGGGAUUCAAGAUGGAUUCAGAGGAGAAAAUCACCACUCCGUACACAUCUGAGGGGACGCGACUGGACAGCGGGCCUUUCAAGGUGUAUGGGCUUGACGCAUGGGGCAAGCGCAUCUGUGACGAGACGGGCAAGGAGCUUGCGUACCCGUCGGAGCGUGCGCCUGCCAAAUUGUCUGCACUUGAAGAGGCGCAGACAGAGCUGUAG